AGAACAAUCCGAGUUGCUUUUCUCUACUGCUAAGCAAUAGUUAGAGAGAGAAACACAAAGGAGAGGAGAGGAGAGGAGAGAGAAAACUCGUCUCUUUGUGCAAGCCGAGUGAUCGUCGAAAUCACUUCUUUUGCGGCUUUUGAUUUUUAGUCAGUUAUACUCUCUUAACGUUUUACUUGCAUUUAUCGAUUUCUCUGAUUCUAUAUAUUACUUAUCUGCUUAUCUCUCACUUUCCGUGUAGAAAUUUUGAUCGGUUCAAUUUUUUGGUUUAUUUAUUUUAGGAAUAGUAAUCAACUAACGGAUUUUCAAGUGUAGAGACUAAUUACUUCGAUUUUGGGAGAUUACUUUUUAUUUUUGGAAGCGUUUGGAUUAACAGAAAGAAACCCUAGUUUUGAUGGCUACAGCGGCUCCAACUCCGGCUCAUCAUUCUCACCGGAAUAAUAACCCAGACACCGGCGCCGGCGGUCUCAACAGCCCACAGUAUCAUCGGCGAUCAUCAGCCGCUGCGCGUGGCGUUUCCUCGACUUGGACGCAGAUUGUUCGCAGUGGCGAAUCAGAAUCCGCCGUGGCGGCGGCUUCCUCUUCACCUCCUCCACCUUCACUUUCUCCUCCGGCUUCUUCUGAGCAAAUCGUUCAGUCUGAUUAUACGCUUUCUGAUGACGUGGCUACAGCUGGUAGUGCUACUACAGAAGCUCAGCUUGAGAGCUCUGAUAAUAGCAACAACAAUGUGUCUAAAAAGCAGGCUUGGAGUAAACCGUCAAAUGGUGCAGCUGAGGUCAGUCCAGUUAUGGGUGCUGUCUCUUGGCCUGCUCUCUCUGAGUCCACUAAGGCUUCACCUAAAUCGCCGUCUUCUGAUUCACUCAAAGCUCUCUCUGACGGAUCAGUUUCCGUAUCACAGGGCACGGAAAUGACAUCAUCAUCUCAUAGGCAAGCUAACACUAACAAUGCAAACCCUAAUUUAAUUUCGAACCAUGUUGGUCCCACCCGCCAAAGGUCUAUGAAGCGAGGAGGUGGCUAUUCAAACCAUAAUGCAUCAGCCAAUGGAGGUUUUCCUCAGCAACAGGCGCAGGGUUCUGAGGUGGAAAUAGUAACUAAUAAUUCUGGGAAGUCAGGAAAUUUUGGUGCUGAGUCUUCUUCAAGGGAUACUAGUCAUAGGGAUGGUGGACAGUCGGGAGGAUUUGGAUCUCAAUCACAUGGUGGAAAUGAGCACCAACAUCAACGAACCUCAAACAGGAGAGGCAAUGUUGGUCCACACCCCCGUGGAGAUGGCACUUAUAAUCAUGGUUAUGGGGGUAGGCGUGAUCAGGAACGUGGAAAUCAGGAUUGGAAACCCCACAGAGGUUGGGGGAAUAGGGAUGCGCCCAUGCAGCCACAUAGAGUUCCAGCAAGGCCAUUUAUGGGAGGCCCACCUCAUACUUCUCCACCUUUUAUACCUCCACACAUGCCUGUGCAGCCCUACCGAGCUCCUAUGGUUUACCCUGAAGUUGCACCUGUAUAUUAUUUUCCAGGUCCACUGCCUGAUUCAUUUAGAAUGCCUAUGCUUUCUCCUGUGCCACCUUUCUUCUUUCAUGUUCCAGAUCCCCAGAUGCACACCAAAAUAGUGAAUCAGAUAGAUUAUUAUUUCAGUGAUGAAAAUUUAAUUAAGGAUACAUUCUUGCGACGGAACAUGGAUGAACAAGGAUGGGUUCCCGUUACGCUAAUAGCAGGCUUCAAGAAAGUAAUGCAGCUGACAGAUAAUAUACAACUGAUACUCGACGUUAUGAGGUCCUCUACUGCUGUAGAAGUGCAGGGCGAAAAGUUAAGGCGGAGAAAUGACUGGAAGCGUUGGCUCAUACCACCAUCAGUUCAGAAUUCAACCAUGGCAGGUCCUCAAUCUCCACAAAAGUCUAGUCCUGAUUUUCUAGCAGAAAAUCUCCAACGUGUUGCAUUUGAUGAUAAGACUAUAAGACACGGAACUGCCGAAGCAUAUCUUAGUAUAUCAUCAUCUGCUGAAUUAAGUACUCCAUCUGAGCGGUUUGGCAACGAGAUGGGCGGACAAGCUGGUGCUCAGCAUGUGCAGCCAAUGCCAGUUGGAAAUCCAAGUUAAAGAGUUUACUGUUUUGUGGUGGAGUUAAGAGUGAAUCCCAGGGUUGGUAGCUAUUGUGCUUCUUCAAGCAAUCAAUUAGUAUAGUCAUUACUGUUGCCGAUGGCAAUGACGUUUCAGGAAUAGACACACAAUAAACGAGAACAAAAUGGGGAAAAGAAUUAUACUGUCAUUUAAGCUGGCAGCUUGAUUUUGUUGGGAUAUGAAUUUUGUUUUGUCGGGGAUAAGUGUUUUCUUUUCCUUUUAAGUUAUGUUAUUCCUCUGUCAUGGUUAUUUCACAGGCAUGGGGAAUUUUGAUUCUACUUCCUCAUGCAGCCCCUCAGUUUUAUUUUCUUUAACCAAAAUUUUUUUGGGGCUAAGGUCACUUAUCUUUGAACGAGUAAAGCUUAUGGAAAGGUAUGAAGUUUCUGGCUUCUGAUUU